AUGGCUACCGAGACAAAGCUCCCCAUAUGGAAAAUCGCAGCCCAAGCAGAUGAGUUCAUAUGGUACCUCGGAUAUGGCUCCAACAUGAAGGCCAGUGCCAUGAAAAUUCGCAACAUUACUCCCCUGGCUACGAGAAUCGUCAAUGUGCCAACUCACUACGUAACAUUUGACAUUUUCGGUAUACCUUAUUCCGAGCCGUGCUAUGCGAGCAUUGAGGAGCUUCCAAAUGGCGGAACAGGAAGAAUUCAACUAGUUCACGGAAACCAAGAGACUCCUGUGCCAUCCCUUUGUGGCCUCGCCCAUCUUUUGACGGCGGUCGAGUUCCACCAGCUUCUUGUGACGGAAGGCAGUGGAGUGGUAUACGACAUUGUCAAGCUCAAGGCAUAUCAGAUAGAUGAAAGCCACAAGAUCUCUAGCGAGUCGUUUGACGUCUACACGCUGAAGGCGAAGUGGCCACUGCGCCCCAACGGCACGCCAAGUGCUCGAUACCUGGAUCUUUUCUUGCAUGGAGGUAUGGAAAACAACCUUCCACCAAAAUACAUCCAGUAUCUGGAAAGCUUCCCCCGCUAUGUCAAGCUUGAAGGACGUGAUCGGACGUAUGGCCAGCUGGUGUUUGAUAUGGGAUGGAGGCCGUUCCUGAAGCGCUUAGUUCGACUUACGACCUGGAGAGUCGAUGAGGAUGGGAAUUGUCCGGCUUUUAUUGCGUGGAUAAUUGUGUGGGCGUAUCGAAUCAUGUGGUUGUAUCACGAUUAUGUGCAUCAGUAUAUUCUGGGCUCGGGUGAUGGCGGUAAGAUUCACUGGAAGACGUUGGCGAACUAA